CCCCGCCGUUAGCGGUCGCCUCUUCUUGCCCGGUGCCCGCGCCCGGCGCAGUCCGCCUCCGGCCGGCCCCCCCGCACCCCGCGCAGGCAGCGCCAGCCUCGGGUCAGGAUGGACCGGCCGGGAAGAGUACGGCGACCCCCGGCCCAGAGCCCCCGCCAGCCGCGCUGCGCGUAGUGGGAGCUGGUGCGUAGUAGGCUCCGAGGCGUUUCCGGAGAAUCGCUUUUCUGGUCGCGGGAAGUUCUUAUAAUCAAUGGAUAAAGUGGGGAAAAUGUGGAAUACCUUCAAAUACAGAUGUCAGAAUCUCUUCAGUCAUGAAGGAGGAAGCCAUAGUGAAAGUGUGGACAUGAACUCCAACAGAUGUCUGUCUGUCAAAGAGAAAAGCAUUGGUCUGGGAGACUCGGCUCCUCAGCAGCAGAGCAGUUCUUUAAGAGAAAAUGUUGCCUUACAGCUUGGAUUAAGUCCUGCAAAGAAUUCUUCAAGGAGAAACCAAAACUGUGCAGCUGAAAUCCCUCAAAUCGUUGAAAUUAGCAUUGAGAAAGAGAGCGAUUCAUGUGUCACUCCAGGAACCAGACUCGCACGAAGAGAUUCCUACUCUCGACAUGCGCCAUGGGGUGGGAAGAAAAAGCAUUCCUGUUCCACAAAGACCCAGAGUUCUUUGGAUACUGAUAAAAAGUUUGGUAGAACUCGAAGUGGACUGCAGAGACGAGAGAGGCGCUAUGGCGUGAGCUCCGUGCAUGACAUGGACAGUGUUUCCAGCAGAACGCUUGGGAGCCGCUCUCUGCGACAGAGGCUGCAGGACACUGUGGGCUUGUGUUUUCCCAUGAGAACUUACAGCAAGCAGUCAAAGCCCGUUUUUUCCAAUAAAAGAAAAAUACAUCUUUCUGAAUUAAUGCUUGAGAAAUGCCCUUUUCCUGCUGGCUCAGAUUUAGCACAAAAAUGGCAUUUGAUUAAACAGCAUACAGCUCCUGUGAGCCCACAUUCAACUUUUUUUGAUACAUUUGAUCCAUCCUUGGUUUCUACAGAAGAUGAAGAAGAUAGGCUCAGAGAGAGAAGACGGCUUAGUAUUGAAGAAGGGGUGGAUCCCCCUCCCAAUGCACAAAUACACACAUUUGAAGCUACUGCACAGGUCAAUCCCUUAUAUAAACUGGGACCAAAGUUAGCUCCUGGAAUGACAGAAAUGAGUGGGGACAGUGCUGCAGUUCCACAAGCUACUUGUGACUCAGAAGAGGACGCGACCACCCUGUGUUUGCAGUCACGGAGGCAGAAGCAGCGCCAGGUGUCUGGAGACAGCCACGGCCACGUCAGCAGACAGGGAGCUUGGAAAGUCCACACGCAGAUUGAUUACAUACACUGCCUCGUGCCGGAUCUGCUUCAGAUUACAGGGAACCCCUGCUACUGGGGAGUGAUGGACCGGUAUGAAGCAGAAGCCCUUCUGGAAGGGAAACCUGAAGGCACGUUCUUGCUCAGGGACUCUGCACAAGAGGACUACCUCUUCUCUGUGAGCUUCCGCCGCUACAACAGAUCCCUGCAUGCCCGGAUUGAACAGUGGAAUCACAACUUCAGUUUUGACGCCCAUGACCCGUGUGUGUUUCACUCCUCGACUGUAACAGGACUUCUAGAACAUUAUAAAGACCCCAGUUCUUGCAUGUUUUUUGAACCGUUGCUCACUAUAUCUCUGAACAGGACCUUCCCCUUUAGCCUGCAGUACAUCUGCCGCGCAGUCAUCUGCAGGUGCACCACGUACGAUGGGAUUGAUGGGCUCCCACUGCCGUCGAUGCUACAGGAUUUUUUAAAAGAGUAUCACUAUAAACAAAAGGUUAGGGUUCGCUGGUUAGAGCGAGAACCAGUCAAGGCAAAGUAAGCUCUUCUGUCCCCAAAGGGCAUUACCCAGGCUUGCUUUUGCGUGCGUAGUACUCCUCCCAGAAGCACAGCAUCCGUGCUAGGCUCUCCCAUGCAGUCUGUAGGCUCAGCUAUUCCUAGUCUAUCAGAUGCAGUUACUUACUCAGAGAAACGUGGUGCCUACAGAGACAACUGGUAGAGCUGCAGGCGUUCAGUAAAACAGUGGAAAACAUUUGCUGGCUUAGUUAACAGUUUGGUUUUUAAUGUCUAUAGUAAGUGAGUGAGGCAACUCUGGGGCAUUUGCUAUGAAGAAUUCUAUUUCUUACUAAAGAACAAAUUAUUAAUAUUAGAUGAGUAUUCCAACAGUGUGACUGAUGUUUGAAAUUAUUUUUUCUAAGAAUUUUUCUAUUACCUUCCAAAAGUUAGUGAUGUUUAUAGUUAUUAUAAAUCCAAGCUUUGGAAGUCCAAAAAAAUAAGACUGCCUUCCUUUUAGGAAAAGACAAAAAUGCAACUUUCCGGCCACAAGGGCAUAGUGCAGUUCACUUAAGUGUUGAUAGAGUUUAUAGUCAGUCUCCUAUUCGCUUCUUCAAAAGGUACUGUUAAAUAAACCAGGUUUUCUAAAUAGUCAUUCUUAAAAUUUCAGACUUACACAACUUAGUAGUAAAAUAUUAUUUAAAGGCCCUAGGCAUUAAUUUUUUCAACGAGUGCUUUGACUUAAAACAGGCAUUUGGAUAGCUGCUGCAAUUGUAGUACUGUGUGUGGGUUUGUUGUUUUUUAUGUUGACAUGUGCAGUCUAAACAUUAUUUCAUUACAGUUGGAUCAUUUCCUGUGCCCAAAAUGAGUUUAUAAGCCAUGAAGAAAAUGAGACUAGAAAUUGCCCCAACAAGUCAGAUAGUAGUAACUACAGUGGUUGAUGUUGAGAUUAUUGUUAAACUAUAAUUAAUAAUUUGGAGGGCAGUAUUUAUCUUUGUUGUAAAUUCUUAUAGCUGAAUUGUCUACGUAUAGUUUAUAGAACUUCAGUGCAGUUAAUUCUUCAUGGAAAAACCUGAACCCUAAAGUGCAGAUUUGAAAGGUACUGUACACUUAUUGUAUCUGUAAAUAACUUUACUCAGCACCUUUUUGUCACUUAGAAUAGUAUGUAACACUACUUCAGUGAGCGCUUUGGGAAGUAUUACCAAGUUCUAGUGUUUGCUUAGUGCCGAACUGAGUUUCCAGUUCUGUCCUAGACAUUUGCACUACAGUAGCCUAAUCCCGUCUGUGUCCUUUGGUCAACGUGCGCUGUGCCGCUGGCGAGUGUCCUUAGUUUCCUUCCCAGUUGCUACAGAAGGUCAUUUUAUAUCCCUACGGCUGUUGCCAAGGCUGCAAAAGAGAGAAGCUAUAUUUGUAUGCAACACUAACCCUUUGACUGCUAACGUAUGUUUCUGCUUGCUGUGCCUUGUCAUGGCUGCUUUUUUGUGCUAAUAAAGUAUGUUUGGUGUUCUCCUUG